AAAUUUUCACAACACACAAUCAAAAAGAAGACAAAUAAUAUUUAUAACAAAAAUAACAAAAAAAAAUAAAUAAAAUGAAAAUUUCUAUUUGAAUUCUUUUAUCGAAUCUACCGCGUAUCAGAAGAAUUUUCCCGGUCGCGGUGACGACUGUGAGAAGAUUUUGAAUUAAAAAAUAUAAUAACAAAAAAAAAAUCGAGGCAAAAAAGAUUAAUUAAUUCAAUUAAUAAAUUAAAAAAUUUGCAAUAAAAUAAUUUAAAUUUAUAUUAUAAAUGAUAUAAGAGUUUAUUUUGAUAUUGAAAAGAAUACGGAUACCUGUGAAUGAGAAAAAAUGUUUAAAGGAUUAACAAUUUUUCUGUUAACCGGUUUAUUUCUGACCGGAACUCUUGCUGAUGAACAAACAUGGGGCUACCCCGACAUGGAAAAGGAGGAAGAAUUCCCAGAUUGGGGUGGAUUAUGUGAUAAAGGUAAACUACAGAGUCCUAUCGCACUGUCUAGGGAUACUUCUAUAAGAGGGGAUUUUCCACAUUUUGACUUUGAUAAUUAUGAAGAGGAAUUAAAGGACGCGGAAAUUGUCAAUAAUGGUCAUACAGUUAAAAUUCAUAAAUUUUCAAAUGAUCACAAAGUUAGUAAAGGUUGCCUUGAAAAGGAUACUUAUGAAUUAGUUCAAAUGCAUUUCCAUUGGAACUCCGAACAUAAAAUUGAAGGAGAAAGAUAUGCUUUAGAAUUACAUUUAGUACAUGUUAAUGAUGACUAUGGUAAUUUCACUGAAGCCGUUCAACAUGACGAUGGUGUUGUUGUAUUUGCUGUACUAUUUCAUAUUUCACAUAAAGAUAAUGAUGAAAUUGCAAAAAUUUUAGAACAAAUUGAUGAAAUUUGUGAAAGUGAAAAUGUUGGCGUUAGUCGACCAUUAACACAUUCAUUUGCUGUCAAAGAUUUAAUGCCAGAUAAUCCAAAUGAUGAAUAUUUUAAUUAUGAAGGUUCAUUAACAACACCUGAUUGCGCUGAAAAUGUUGAAUGGAUUGUUUAUAAAGAUUCAUUACCAAUAACCUUAGAACAGGUUGAAUCAUUUAAGCGUAUUGAAGAAAAGGAUGGUGAUAAAAUUGAUAAUAAUUUCAGAUUUAUACAAAAAGCACAUAGACGUGCAGUUACAUGGGUUAGAGAUGAAGAAGAUCAUCAUGAUGAUGAUGACGACGACGAUGAUGAUGAUGAUAAGAAAGACAAAGAUGACAAAGAUGAUAAGAAAGAUGAUGAUGAUGAUGAUGACAACGAUGAUGACGAUGAUAAAGAUAAUGCCGCUGGACCAGUAGUUAAUAAAAUUUCUGCAUCUGCUUUAACAUUCAUAUCUAGUUUGGCAUUAUUAAAUGGUCGUCAAUAUUUUUAAUUUGACCCUUUAACCAAGAAAAUAUUCUGAAAUUUUCUAACAAAAACUUUUAUUCUAUUUUACUGCUCAUUUUAAUCAUUUUAUAAAAAUAUCAAAUAUAUAAUCAAAAUUAAUUCUCAUCAUGAGAGAUCCAGUACCAGAAAGUAAAAAUAUGAAAAUCUUAUAAUUAUCUUACAUAUUUCAUUCGUCCUCAAAUAGUUUUAAUUUGAAAAAUUAAUAAACAAAUUUUUUAUUAGAUUAAAAUGCACCCGGGAACCCUUAGCGAGUUAUUUAACAUCCUUAUUUCCAUAUUGUUCUUUCAGCCACAAGCGCUUCAAAAAGAUCCGAUGGUUCAUUUUAAUUGCUUUUUAAUUUUUUAAAUAUAAAUUAAUUUUCAAUUUGGCAACCUAUUCAGAUAAAUAUAUUUUAUAUAUAUACCUAUAUGUCUAAAUUGCGUUAAUUUGAAAUCUCUUCAGAACUCUUUCAAUAU